AUGCCUGGGCCAGGUCUGACUGGAGCAGUCAGGCAGGCCCAUUACCUGGCCUUCACCAUAAGGAUUAGUCUGGCCAAUCAGAGGGCCUUUCUCCCAGAGGUCCUGAUGGCUAGAGCGGCAGCCCUUUGGGGGCGGGUGGGAUGGGUAAGGCUUGUCCUCAGCACCCUCCUAGGGUGGGAAUUAUGUCGUUUCUUUCCUGUGUCUGGGUCGUUGGGGUGUGCCAGGUUGUGGUUUGAGAGGCUCCACGUGGCCUCCUCACACAGGGCAGCCCCUUCCUCCCACGCGGUUCAUCUUGCAGAGACCAGCAGCUUCAAGGAGGGAUGUUGA